UUUUACUAAUAUACACUUAUGUUUGAAAGGAUUUUCAAAUAUUCCUGAAACUAUGGCAGCAAGUUCUAAAGCAACUGAUUCCUCACACAGAAACACCUUUCAAAGUAAAGUGGACUUUGAAGGAAUGCUUUCCGGAGGCUUGGUAAAAAUUCACCAUGGACUUUUACGAGCAAAAGAUAGCGGUCAAGAUUUUCCAUAUGAUAUUAGUCAUUUUUCUGCUAAGUACACCAAAGAAUAUUGGGCUUUUCUUAAAAAGCACAGGAAUAUGUAUCAUGGAAUGGAUAAGGAGACAAUGGAACUAAUGCAAGAUAUUUUAUCCAGAAGAGAACUAAGAGAUGAUGAUAUUGGGAUGUAUACAUUGGGGGUUAAGGCACUGACAGCAAUGUCACCAAAUGGAAAUGAUGACAUAGAACUUGAAAACUAUCAGGAGGACCUUAAUGCCAAAAGGAACUCCCAUCCUCCAAAUAGUUUCUCUGAUCAUUCAGAUGUAAAAACAGCAGUCUCAAUUUCUUCAGGUGAAAAGGGAUGCGAUUUGAAAGGAACACAGCCUGAAUUUAUUUGUGUUUUGAAAGAAAAGCUGCAACAAAAAGAUAGAGAAAAUCAACAGAUCGUUCGUUUACUCAUGCUAAAACACCAUGAGCUGACCGAAGUCUCAAAGCUGAGGGACACUGAGGCCCAGCUCAUGACAGAAAGGCUGAAAUAUGAAGAACAGAAGAAAUUUGAGAUGACCAAGAAAUUUAACCAUGUCUUUGACGACAUGCAAAAGCAACUUUCUAUGGCAAAGAGCAAAAAUGAACACAGUAUCAGGCAGCUCUGGGCAAUUCUGGAGAAAUAUGAACGGCUUAAAAGACGUGUUGACAACAUUAAGAAACAUCUGUCAGAGGAACGUACAGAGAGAAAGAAUUGUCAAAAAGUAUUAAAGAAGACACAACACAUGACGGAAGAGUUAUUAAUGAAUCAGGUUCUUCUGGAGGAACAGAGGGACACGGCAAAACAAGAGUACUCUGAAUUCAAAAAGAACAUGAACACAAUGGAGGAGCAACACAAUAAUCUUGUUAGGACUAUACAGAAACUUGAAGAUGAGAGAUCAUCUAUGAGGGCUGAUUAUGGGAACCUUAAAGAUCAGUUAAGUACUACUCAGGAAGAGAACCAGAAGCUCACUCAAGCACUUCAUUCUAAAGAGCUAGAAAAGACACAAGCUGAAAAAAAUGCCCAGGAAUCUCAAAAUCUGGUUAAACAAUUGCAUGAAAAACUUGGUGACUGCAAAAUGCAAAGAGAAACUGCUGAGGAACAGCAGGAUACAAUGAAAAAAGAAUUAAAAUUAAUUCAUGAAAGAUAUAAAGUGAAGACACUUCAGCUACAGGAGCAACUCAAGUCCUGUAUGGAGCUGCUAGAAGCUAAGAGAACAGAGUGUGAGGCUUUAAGUGAAGCCGUCUCCAAAUUGAAAAAUGACAAGCAUGCGAUUCAGGAAGAGUUGCAAUGCUUGCAGAAAGAAAAGGCAAAGUCUGAGAUUGACAGCAAAAAUGAAGCGGAGAGACUGAGAGAUGCUGUGAGUCUGCUAAAGCAUGAGAGAAAGCUGCUUCUGGAUGAAAUGGGAGAUCUGAGAAAGGAUUACUUUAGUCUCAGUGAUCGCAUCACACAGAGACUUGAACAACUGGAACAGACAGACACACCCAUGUGCAUCACAGACAUAUCGUCCAAUCAUCAAUUCAGAGCAGCGAAAACAAAUAACACAGUUAGCCAAAUCACAUCAAACAUGGACAUGAUUGAACAUAUAAGGAGGAAACUGGAGGACGAAGAAAACACCCAGCAGAAAUAAGAUGCUCCCAAGAGACAUUCGAGGGUGCUGUAAAUUUGAUAUUAUUUUGAGCAAUGAUAAU